AUUCUAGGCGCUAACGGUUCUUCAAAUAAAAGUCGAAAAUCGCAAUCGUCGCGUGCGUUCAAAGGUUUUUGGAAAGUUUUUGAAAUCAAAAAACGUUAUUAAAAACAAAGUGAACAAACACUUUUGGAGAAACUCAAAAUCCAAAAGUCAUCUAAAUUUGAAAAAAUAAUCAACUAGCAUCCACACUAGCAUCUCUCGCAUAGAAAUGGAUUCCGCCGCCGCUGCCGCCGCCGCCAAGCGCGUUCAGAUCGAAAAGGCCCACAACUUCAUGCGCCAAUAUCGUGAUCCGGAGUCGCGGGAGCUGAAGAAGCUGUCCGCCAAUCAGUUCAUGGAUGUCUGGGCCCACUACGACAAAGAUGGAAAUGGCUACAUUGAAGGCACCGAGCUAGAUGGCUUUCUGCGGGAAUUCGUGUCGAGUGCCAAUGCCACGGACAUCAAUCCAGAGGCUGUCACGGACACCAUGCUCGAGGAGCUGAAGUCCUGCUUUAUGGAGGCCUACGAUGACAAUCAGGAUGGCAAAAUCGAUAUCCGAGAGCUCGCUCAACUUUUGCCCAUGGAGGAGAAUUUCCUUUUGCUCUUCCGCUUCGAUAACCCACUGGAGUCCAGUGUUGAAUUCAUGAAGAUCUGGCGUGAAUAUGACACUGAUAAUUCGGGUUAUAUUGAGGCGGAUGAGCUCAAGAAUUUCUUGCGCGACUUACUCAAAGAGGCCAAAAAGAUCAAUGAUGUGUCCGAGGACAAGCUCAUUGAAUAUACUGAUACAAUGCUUCAAGUAUUCGAUGCCAACAAGGACGGUCGUUUGCAGCUGUCGGAAAUGGCCAAAUUACUUCCGGUUAAAGAGAACUUCCUUUGCCGCCAGGUGUUUAAGGAGGGCAUUGAUGGCGCUACCAAGCUAACCAAGGAGGAUAUUGAAAAGGUCUUUUCCCUCUACGAUCGGGAUAACAGUGGAACAAUUGAGAAUGAAGAGCUGAAGGGCUUCCUCAAGGAUCUCCUAGAGCUGGUCAAGAAGGAUGACUACGAUGCCCAGGAUCUGGCAGCCUUUGAGGAGACCAUUAUGCGGGGAGUGGGACACGACAAGCACGGCAAGAUCUCGCGCAAGGAGCUGACCAUGAUCCUGCUGACACUGGCCAAAAUGUCGCCAGAUGAGGAGUAAGCUCAAUCAGGGCCCAAAAUCCCAGCAAACAUCCCAAUAAGAUUUUAGCAGACUCUAUUUUUGUCACCCAAUCGAGGGGAAAAAUACAAAUGAAGGCCAUCGAGGGCCUUGAGGCAAUUGUUUACUUUAGAACUGCAUCCCAAGGGGGCAGUAAAGAAAAAGAUUUUGGAAUAGAGGGACAGGAGAUCCUGAGAGACAAGGGAUCCUGUCCGAAAACAAAGCUAUUGGUAAAAUAUAAUAUAAAUGUUUCAAUCUUAAAUAAAUGUUUAUCGUACGUUAAGCUGUUGAGAGUAUAUUUCCCCAAAACGAAAAAAAAUCAAACCAAAGCGGAGAAUUAUCCAAUCAAACAAUUUGCAACUCAGAAUCGAGCCACUUUAAGUAAACAACUAAGAAAUAUAAGAAAGAAAUAUAACAUCAAGAGAUCAGUACAUCGAUUUUAUAUUAUAUUAUAUAUGUAUUUAUAUUUUCUAUGUGUAUUUGCAUAAAGUAUUUUAUUUAAUUACCAAUUAAAAUUUGAAAUAAAAUUACCUACAUUUAAGCGAAAACAAGCAAAUCAGUAACGAUUUAUUUGAGAUUAUAUAAGUAUAAACUAUGUAGAUAAUUGUUGUUAAUAAUUGUGAAAAUGGAUAACUUUUAAAAUUGCAACAUAGCAAGUAUUCUUUGCCAAGGCUCUACUCAAACAUCUAUAUACGUGUACUAUGUGUAUUUGAACCUAUGUAUAUCUCCCGCAAACAUCAAUCAAUCAAUCAAGAGCCACUUGCCACAGCCCUGAGGAUGGACGCACCUAAUACAGGUAAAAGCAAAUGCAUCUGCCGCCACCGCCCCAGGACACGACAGUGUCAAAGUACGAAGGGUAGACGCCACCUGCUGUUCGAAUGCAUCCAGUUGGACACUCGUCCUUGUCGUGGCUCAAGUGCUGCAACAGCCAUUUUCCAUCCGAGGAUUUUCAACAAGAGGAGAUUGUAAGGCAGAGAUUUAGAUUCAGAGCAACUGGCAAGCAUUUCCAUUUCAAUUCCUGGCCUGUAAGAAAAACAAAUCGGAAAACUAAUACUAAAAUUUAACCUACAAAGCUAUGAACUAUCCAAUAUUUUUUUCAAGGUGCUAUAGCUAUAUACAUAUACAACUCGAAUGAAUCCUUUCAAAAUUUUAUUUCAUUGCUCUUGGAAACCUAACUAGAACAAAUACUCUAUAUUACUAACUUAAGCUUUAAAGUCAAGACAAAGGCGGUAUUUGCACAAGGAUUUAUUUUGGAAAUAAUGCUUACAAUCAUUUUAAAAAUAAACCCUUGUGUAAACCCAAUUGUACGUAGUGACAAAAUGAAAACUCGUACGCACCCGUACAAGCAACAAAAUGCCAACUUAAUAUAUAAAUAAACUAAUUACGAUACAACUCUAUAUGGUACUUAUGCUAAACCUAAGAUAUUGUUCAAACCACUUGCAUGUAAAGCUUCGAAACGGACUUUCUCAAUAUACAAAUAUCGAAUAUCUAUAUGGAUAAAUGUCUAAUACUAUACAAAUACAGCAGAAAUGUUUUAAUAAAAUAAAUACAAUCUAUGCAGACAUCAAGGGGUCAGCACUCCAAAA